CAUCAGUAUUUUACACCGAUUUCUCAGUCUGCUAUACACGUUUCUAUUCGAGAGGUGUAUAUAGAGCUACUGAAAAUGUUAAAUAGGUUCUUCUUCCUGAAGGUGUUUAGCCUUAUUUUGAGUCUAAUCACCUGCUCUACAGCACAAGCCCCAGCAACUCCAGGGCCAAUUGCUUUCACCAGAGAUUGUCCAGACAACUUGUCCUGCCCACGUGACGAUGGUACAUUGCAGUGCUACUCAAGAUCACAGCUUUGCAAUGGAAACCAAGACUGUGUGGGAGGCUCUGACGAGGGACUCAAUUUGAACGCAUUGGACUGUACUGGAAUUUUCACUGGAAGAACUACUGCACCAAUCGCUUCCUUUGUGUGCGGUGCUGGAGUUGUUGUGGAGCUGGACGAGCUGUGUGAUGGUGUUGAUGACUGCGGUGGUGGUGAUGACGAAGAAACUGCUCUUUGCGAGAACAAGUGCUUGUUUCCAUACUACGGGUCUUGUUCCUUUUCAAGAGAAUGUAUCUUUACUGACUUGGACUUGAAUUGUGGUUUGUGUCGUCCUGGCUGGGCUAGAAAUCCUGCUGUCCCAUUUGGAGAAUGCUUAUUUGCUCGGUUCCGUUUCUCACUGACCACUUUCUCUGUGGAUGAGAAUAAUGGUCCACUCGUUGGAUCUAUCACUCUGGACACAGCUGGUCAACUUGAUCGGGCCAUUUCAGUAGUCGUUCAGACUAAUCCUACUGGAAGUGCAAUUCCUUUUACUGACUACACACCCAUUGUGACCACCCUCCUCUUCCCAGUAAAUUCCGUAGGAGGCACUACGAUCAAUUUCGAAGUCCCCAUUAUUGAUGACCCCAAUUGUGAAAAUUCCGAGACAUUUGGUCUGUCUGCUACUAUAGUAGACAACCUCGGAAACUUCACCGCUGGUGGAGAUACAGCGACUGGUGUCAUCAUUGAUAAUGAUAAUUGCUUCAUUGGAUUUCAAUUUCCUGAUUACACUGUGCCAAUGGAAGGAAUCACAUACAUGGACGUUUGUCUGGUUACAACUGGGAUUGGGCAACUUACCUCUUCUUGUCAAGUACAAGUUAGCUUGGCACAAUCUUUGUUUGGCCAGCUUCCUUCCGGCAAGACACAAGCAAUGAUUCCUGGAGAUGCCACUCUUUUGAACCCAAUGGACUUCACUUUCGGCCCUGGUCAAGCAACAAUACAGUGCCUCAACAUACAAAUUGAGGCUGACGCAAUUGCUGAAGGAUCUGAAGUGUUCCAAGUAAACGUAAAUGGCCUUGGCUCUGGUGGAUCUCCUUGUGAUAUUGAUCCGAGUACUGAUGAAUCACAAGUGUGCAUACCAAGUGGAGAUAUUGAGUUUCAGUUCUCUGAAAAUGUGUAUAAUGUUGUUGAGGGUGGUCCUGGAUUUGUAUUGGUGUGUGUUGACUUGAUAAAUGGCUUCAUUGCUGUUGAUACACCCAUUACACUGACCACUAACGACAUUUCUGCUAAUGCUGACAUUCCUGAUCAGUAUGGAUGUAUCGACUACUUCAGUGCACCUAACCCCAACCCCAUUAUCUUCCCUGCUGGGACAUCACCUGGAGUUGCAGGCGCUACACAGUGCAGUAGUAUCACCAUCAACGACGACAAUUGUUGUGAGCUCACUGAGAGCUUUGGUGUCACCGCUUCCUCUAACGAUCCUGAUGUAAUGUUUCCUAACGGAGAUUUUGCCAUUGUCAAUAUUGAAGAUAACGAUUUUAAGAUAUUUGGAUUCAUUCCAACAUCUGUGACUGUGCCUGAAGGCGUUACUGCUGAGUUGGCAAUACAGAUAGUCAACAACGUGGUGGUGACAGCUGCUGUUUCACCUGUCACUGCAACCUAUAAAAUACUUCCUGGUGGAACUGCAACAGGUGGUGGAGUGGAUCAUAAUGGUGUUGAUGGAACAGUGGUGUUCCCACCCGGAUCUGGACAGGGUUCUCAACAACCGAUCUUCAUUCAAACAUUCGAUGAUAAUAAUAAUGAACCUACUGAGACUAUCUUAAUAGAGGGAUGUGCUGAUGCUCCAGACACGUUUGCUCCAAAUAUGGCUACAGUUGUUAUUAUCGAUGAUGAUGUGUGUGAGGUUGGAUUUGAGAUGAGCACUUACUCUGUUCUGGAGAGUGCUGGAAUGGUCGAGUUCUGUCUGGUCAAACUUAAUAAUGUUCAACUCUCUGGACCUGUCGAUGUGCUGAUAUCCACGUCUGCCUCUCCUACUACUGCUGACAAAGACCCUGCCACUGCUGGCUCUGACUAUGUUGUGAAAAAUUCCGAUGUCAUACAAUUUACAACUGGCUCUACCCGUGAAUGUCAUAUUUUCACCGUUAUUGACGACACUAAUGAUGAGCGUACUGAAAACUUCAUGUUGUCUGCCGUUAGCAGUAACAGCGCUUCUCUUGCAGUGACUGGAAUAACUAGUGCAGAAGUGUGCAUCCAAGACAAUGACUUGAUCGUAUUCGAAUUCGAUAUGUCUGUAUACACUAUUGAAGAGGGAGGACCUGCCAUUCAGGUUUGUAUCAACCUUGUGGAGGGAACUCUCACUAGAGAUGUAUUUGUCGAUGUGGAUAAUGUGAUUGGACAGGGAACUGCCACACUUAACAUGGACUACGUUGUGGUCAACCAACCCCUUCUCUUCCCCUCCGGCUCAUCCUCUGGUCCACCACCUUCCCAGCAGUGCUUCCCACUCCAGACAAUUGAUGACUUCAAUGUUGAAGACACAGAAUUCUUUUUCCUCUCUGCUACCUCUCCCGAUCCAGAAGCUGAGUUCACACCGGGGGGAGAUACUGCACGUGUGGACAUCAUCGAUAACGAUCUGGUACCUAUCAGGAUUGUGCCUGCUCCCGGCCUUGGCAUACCUGACUUCACCAUCCUUGAGUCGAAUGGUCCACAACAAGUGUGUGUUGAAAUCCAAAAUCCCUUUGGACAAGACCAUCUGGAGAAGUCAGUUUUUGUUACCCUCAGUACUGCUGACGGCACUGCUACGAGUCCUGCUGACUAUUCCGCAAUAUUUCAGCAAUUCAUCUUUACUCCUGCCAAUCAGAAUGAUCAGCUCUGUGUUAACAUUCCCAUCAUUAAUGAUGUUAUCUGUGAGGGUGAUGAGGUGUUCACUGUCAGCCUAACUUCAACUGACAAUUGCGUUAACAUCCUAAUGCCAUCUCAAGGAUCUGUCACAAUUGUUGACGAUGAUGUUGCUGUGGUUGGCCCUGAUCUGGGUGUGGUUCACUACAAUGUGACUGAGCGUCUGGAUGAUGCCGUAUGGAUCCCUAUUCGUCUCAAUGGACAGAAGGGACCUGGACGUCAGUGUGUUGUGGAAGUGAGGACCAUGGAUGGAACAGCCAGUGCUGGAAUGGACUACACUAGCAUGAUGACAACUCUUACCUUUGACAAUGCUAACGACCUUCAGACGUUCCAUGUUGAGAUUCUUGAUGACACAAUAUGCGAGGGCCAUGAGUCUUUCUCUGUUUACCUCAGUACCUCUAGCGAAGGGUGUCAAAUCUCUGAAAGUGAGCUGAUUGUUUACAUCUGGGACGAUGAGCUGCACUUUGGUGAUGAUCCUCAUUUCAGUAUUGCUCUUCCCGGUGGCAAGCUUCUCUGCUACACUGUACAAGGAGAACACGGAUUCUCUUUCAACCUAAUCAACAACGAAAUGAUUGUCAUGAACUCCAAGUUUGUUCCUGAUGCUCGUCGAUCUGAAGUGACUUGGCUCGGCUCCAUGGGAAUCAUUGUCCAAGACAGCCAAUACAAGGGAUCCAACAGCACCAAGCUACGAUUUGAAUCCUCUGAGAAAAAGAUCUACAUUGAUGAUAAAGUGUCUCUCGAAGCAAAGAAUAUUGAAAAGCUUACUUUCUCCAAUGGUAAACUUAGCAUAUCUGAGGCCCCUCCAGCAACUGGAUUCAGAUAUCCUUCCGUAAUGGUCGACCUCCAAGAUGUGGAGAUCAGCUUCACAAUCAAAUUCACCAACCAACAUUUGGAUAUGUACUGGCACAGCACUGGAAAGAAGAUCAUUGACUCUCAUGGACUAAUCGGUCAAUUUUUCCGUGAUGGAGUUGAGAUUGAUGAGGUGCGUAAGAUCCUGAUUAUGCCCAGUAAGGAACCUGUCCCAGUGAUGCGUCGUCCUGUCUGGGCCUUCAUGGAGAGAGAGGACAAAGACGACCAGCUUUGCUGGACCGCCAUGAAUCCUGGAUACCAGGGAGAGGGGCUUAUCGAUGGCUCCUACUUUGACUACCUUGUCGACGAUGUCAUGUCCACUGACUUCAAGUUCAACAAGCAAUCAAUAGUGAAAAGGUGUUUUUUGUUUGAGAUGAGUGGACAAUAUCGUCUACUGAAAGGGAUUACUAUCCUCCUUGGUCUAAUCACCUACUCCACAGCACAAGCACCAGCAUCUCCGGCCCCAGUUGCCUUUGAUGAUGUUUGUCAAACUCAGCAGGGAAUUACCGACAACUUGUCUUGUCCACGUAAUGAUGGUGUGUUAGAGUGCUACCCAAGAUCACAGCUUUGCGAUGGAAUGCAAGACUGUACAGAUGGCUCUGAUGAGGGAGUCAGUUUGAAUGCAUUGGACUGUACUGGACAGUUCACUGGAAGAACUACUGCACCAAUCGCUUCCUUUGUGUGCGGUGCUGGAGUUGUUGUGGAGCUGGAUCAGCUGUGUGAUGGUGUUGAUAACUGCCAAGGUGGUGGUGAUGACGAAACCACCGCUCUUUGCGAGAACAAGUGCUUUUUUCCAUACUAUGGAUCUUGUCCCUAUUCAAGAGAAUGUAUCUUUACUGACUUGGACUUGAAUUGUGGUUUGUGUCGUCCCGGCUGGGCUAGAAAUCCUGCUGCCAUCCUUGGAGAAUGCUUAUUUGCCAACUUUGGAUUCUCACUGACCUCUUUCACCGUGGUUGAGAAUGCUGGUCCUCUCAGUGGAUCUAUCACUCUGACUACAGCUGGUCAAAUUGACCGGGAGAUUCAAGUAGUCAUUCAGACUGUUGCUAGUGGAAGUGCUACUGCUUCUGCUGACUACACACCUACCGUGACAACUGUCAUAUUCCCAAGAUUCACGGGAGGAGGCAAUACACAGGAUUUUACUAUUCCUAUUAUUGAUGAGCUGAUCGUAGAAGGCACUGAGACAUUUAUUCUGUCUGCUACUAUAGUAAACGAUCUCGGAAACUUCACCGCUGGUGGUGAUACAGCUACUGGUGUCAUCAUUGAUAAUGACCAACUGGAUAUUGGCUACGAGUUUGGAACAUACGAUGUGAUUGAGGGUAAUGUGUUGCAAGAAGUUUGUUUGGUGGCAUUGAAUGGUGCUCAACUGCAAGUUUCUGCUGAUGUAACCGUGUCUACUAGCAACAUUGGACAAGCAUUGUCUGGCCAAGAUUACGAUGCUACUACUACAACUGUAACUUUCACGCCUGGAUCGAGCAGACAGUGCUGGUCUAUCAUGAUCCUCGAUGAUGCGAAUGACGAAGCUACAGAAUGUUUCCAAGUCAACUCAGUGACUCAAUCUGGAUCCAUCAACAUCCCUGCUGCAGGAAGUACUGCAAUGGUGUGCAUUGCAGAUAAUGAUGUUCUUGACUUUGCAUUCUCACAAAGUCUAUACAAUGUCGGAGAAGGAGAUGCUUUUGCUCAGGUGUGUAUUGACUUGACGGCUGGUGUUCUACAGAGAAGUGUACCCAUUGUGCUUACUACUUCUGAUGGCUCUGCCUUGAGUGGUGUUCCAGACUACACAGCUACCACCGCCACCAUUUCAUUUUCAUCUGGUACCGCCCCUGGGGGAACAGGUUCUCAGAUGUGCAUCAACAUCCCUAUUAGCGAUGAUAUUCUGGUGGAGAACCUAGAGAACUUCCUCGUGUCAGCUUCGUCCACUGAUAGUGAAGCCAUGUUUCCCACUGGAAACAGUGCGUCAGUUCAAAUCACAGACAAUGAUAUCCCCAUGUUCCAAUUCACCCAAACAACAUACGCUGUGGGUGAGGGUGUUGGUAAUGCUAUGAUAUCCAUCGAGCUUAUCGACAGGGAGCUCACAUUUCCCAUCGUCGUGAGUGUCUUCGAUGUAGCUGGAGGCAGUGCAACAGAUGGUGCAGAUUACACUGGAGUGGCAGCCAGCCUCAAUUUCUUGGCUGGAAAUGGACCAGGAACAAUAAUGUCUUUUGUUUUCCCCAUCAUUGAUGAUCCCAAUGUGGAGCCUACAGAAACAAUAUUACUUGAGGCCAACGCUGGUUUCCCAGGUCAAUUUUCAGUUGGAGGAGAUUCUGCUGUAGUUGCUAUUACCGAUAAUGAUGCUUGUGAGGUCGGUCUAGAACAACCUGCUUACACGGUCGGAGAGGCAAAUGUCAUGCAAGAGGUGUGUCUGAUAAAGACUAACAAUGCUGUGCUUAGUGAGAACAUUGACGUGCAAGUGUUCACUUCAACACUGGCAGCAAAUGGUGUCAAAGGUUCCGCCACAGCUGGUGUUGAUUAUAAUUCACUUCCUGGUGGAACCACGGUGACGUUCGGGCCUGGAAUCAUUCGUGCUUGUGUGAUGAUCCAAAUACUAGAAGACACAGACGACGAAGUGAACGAGUUCUUCCAAGUCAACGCUCAAAGCACCAAUUCUCAACUCAUCGUUUCAAGCACUGCCAACGACGCUCAAGUCUGCAUUACAGAUGACGAUUUUGUGAUGUUCAUGCUAACUCAGUCGGUAUACAAUGUUGAUGAGGGAGACGGUACAGCUGAGGUGUGUGUCGAACUUACUUCCGGCUCUGCUUCAAGAUCCAUCACUAUCAAUCUUGGUACCUCUGACAUCUCUGCCUUGGAUACAAUGGACUACACUAUGGGUGGUUACUCAGUAACCUUCCAGCCUAACGCUGCUGUUGGUACCCAAGUGUGUACCAACAUUCCCAUCACUGAUGACACUGAUGUUGAGUUGUCCGAGAGUUUCCUUGUCUCUGCAAGCUCUACUGAUUCUCAAGUCUUGUUCCCGGGUGGAAGUUCCUCCUCUGUGUCCAUUGCUGACAAUGACAUUCCAAUGUUCCGCUUCUCUCAAGCGGUGUACCCCACUGCCGAGGAGAACGGCCCAGUUACAGUCACUGUUGAGCUGUUUGACAGAAUGCUGACCUUCCCCAUUGCUGUGACUGUCAUGGAUAUCGCAGGAGGCUCUGCUACUGAUGGUGUUGAUUACAAUGGUGUGUUUUCUGUGCUGAACUUCAAUGCUGGUGAUGGACCUGGUACAACAAUGACCUUUACCAUCCCUAUCACGAACGAUAACAUUGACGAGAUAUUGGAGAACAUCCUUCUUCAAGGAAGUGCAGCUGCCCCUGGGGCAUUCCCUCAAAACUCAGCACAAGUACAAAUCAUCGAUGAUGAUGUAUGCGAGGUUGGAAUUGAAAUGGACACAUACAAUAUUAUCGAGAGCACUGGAAUGGUUGAGAUAUGUCUGGCCAAGCUUAACAAUGUUCAACUCUCUGGACCUGUGGAUGUGCUGAUAUCCACUUCUGCUGCUCCUGCUACUGCUGGCAAAAACUCUGCCAUUGCUGGAACUGACUACACUAUACAAAACUCUGUUGCCGUGACAUUCAUGCCUGGCACUGCCCGCCAGUGUAUCACCAUCCCCAUCAAUGAUGACAGUCUGGAUGAGCUUACUGAAAACUUUAUGGUGAAUGCUGUUAGCAGUAACAGCGCUUCCAUUGCUGUGACUGACAGCAGUGCUGAAGUGUGUAUCCAAGAUGAUGACUUGAUCAGAUUUGCCUUUGAAAUGUCUGUGUACACUAACGAAGAGGGGCAGCCUGCCGUUCAGGUUUGUGUCAACCUUGUGGAGGGAACUCUCACUAGAGAUGUGACUGUCGAUGUGGAUAAUGUGAUUGGACAGGGAACUGCCACACUUAACAUGGACUACGUUGUGGUCAACGAGGCCCUUCUCUUCCCCUCCGGCUCAUCCUCUGGUCCACCACCUUCCCAGCAGUGCUUCUUUAUCCAGCCAAUUGAUGACUUCAAUGUUGAGGCCACAGAAUUCUAUCAACUCUCUGCUACCUCUCCCGAUCCACAAGCUGAGUUCUCCCCUGGAGCCGAUUCUGCACGUGUGGACAUCAUCGACAACGAUUUACUACCCAUCAGGAUUGUGCCUGCUCCCGGCCUUGGCAUACCCGACUUCACUAUUCCUGAGGCCAAUGGUUCACAACAAGUGUGUGUUGAAAUCCAAAAUCCCUUUGGACAAGACCAUCUGGAGAAGUCGGUUGUUGUCACCCUCAGUUCUGCUGACAGCACUGCUAUGAGUCCUGCUGACUACUCUGCAAUCUCUAUGCAAUUCAUCUUCACUCCUACCAAUCAGAAUGAUCAGCUCUGUGUUAACAUUCCCAUCAUUAAUGAUGUUAUCUGUGAGGGUGAUGAGGUGUUCACUGUCAGCCUAACUUCAAAUGAUGAUUGCGUCAGCAUCCAAAUGCCAUCUCAAGGAUCUGUCACAAUUGUUGACGAUGAUGUUGCCACGGUUGGCCCUGACCAGGGUGUGGUUCACUACAAUGUGACAGAGCGUCUGGAUGAUUCCGUAUGGAUCCCUAUUCGUCUCAGUGGACAGAAGGGAGCCGGACGCCAGUGUGAGGUGGAAGUGAGAACCAUGGAUGGAACUGCCAGUGCUGGAAUGGACUACACUAGCAUGACGACAACUCUUACCUUUGACAAUGCUAACGAACUUCAGACAUUCCAUGUUGAGAUUCUUGAUGACACAAUAUGCGAGGGCCACGAGUCUUUCUCUGUUUUCCUCAGCAGCUCGAGUGAAGGGUGUGAAAUCACUGAAAGUGAGCUGAUUGUUUGGAUCUGGGACGAUGAGCUGCACUUUGGUGAUGAUCCUCAUUUCAGUAUUGCUCUUCCCGGUGGCAAGCUUCUCUGCUACACUGUACAAGGAGAACACGGAUUCUCUUUCAACCUAAUCAACAACGAAAUGAUUGUCAUGAACUCCAAGUUUGUUCCUGAUGCUCGUCGAUCUGAAGUGACUUGGCUCGGCUCCAUGGGAAUCAUUGUCCAAGACAGCCAAUACAAGGGAUCCAACAGCACCAAGCUACGAUUUGAAUCCUCUGAGAAAAAGAUCUACAUUGAUGAUAAAGUGUCUCUCGAAGCAAAAAAUAUCGAAAAGCUUACUUUCUCAAACGGCAAACUUACCAUAUCUGAGGCCCCUCCAGCAACUGGAUUCAGAUAUCCUUCCGUAAUGGUCGACCUCCAAGAUGUGGAGAUCAGCUUCACAAUCAAAUUCACCAACCAACAUUUGGACAUGUACUGGCACAGCACUGGAAAGAAGAUCAUUGACUCUCAUGGACUAAUCGGUCAAUUCUUCCGUGAUGGAGUUGAGAUCGAUGAGGUGCGUAAGAUCCUGAUUAUGCCCAGUAAGGAACCUGUCCCAGUGAUGCGUCGUCCUGUCUGGGCCUUCAUGGAGAGAGAGGACAAAGACGACCAGCUUUGCUGGACCGCCAUGAAUCCUGGAUAUCAGGGAGAGGGACUCAUCGAUGGUUCCUACUUUGACUAUCUUGUCGACGAUGUCAUGUCCACUGACUUCAAGUUCAACAAGCAGUAAACUGUGAACAAGAUAAAUUAUAAUGACAAAAAACAAUUUUAGACCAUAGUGUAGUAAAAACAGUUUUUAUCUCACCUGUAUGCUGGAUUUAGGCAAGAUACUUUUAUAGUAUAGUCUGUCUGAACAUAAUAUUAGUAAGAUUGUAGUAAUACAUCGUAUAUCAUGUUUGUAUAUCUUCUCUCAACACUUCA